GCCCGCCCUGGGUGGAGCGGUCUUCUUUGUCGAGCGCCGGGACCUGCUCUCCUGUCUCCUUCCCGCAGAAGAAGAGCUAGCGAGGAAAUAAAAACAAGCCCGAGUUAAUGUUUGAGAAGUUCGGGUGCGGGAGAGUCUGGAUUUUUGGCUUCUUGGAGAAAAAAUAGAAAAUGCAAAACGAAAUAAUAAAGCCUGCGAAAUACUUCUCAGAAGUGGAGAAGAGUGUGCUGCUUGCAUUAGUUGAAAAAUACAAAUACGUGCUUGAAUGUAAAAAAAGUGAUGCAAGAACUAUUGCUCUGAAACAACGUACCUGGCAAGCACUAGCUCAUGAAUAUAAUUCACAGCCCAGUGUAUCACUGCGAGACUUCAAACAGUUAAAGAAAUGCUGGGAAAAUAUCAAGGCACGGACAAAAAAGAUAAUGGCACAUGAAAGGCGGGAGAAGGUAAAAAGAAGUAUUAGUCCACUUAUAAAUACUCACAUCAUAGGGAAAGAGAAGAUUGCCAGCAUAAUGCCUGAGCAAAUGUACUUUUUGCAGAGCCCACCAGAAGAAGAUCCUGAAUAUCAGCCUGAUGCUUCUAGUCAAGAGUCAUUUGUUGUGUCAAAUAGAGAACUUUGUGAUGAAGAGAAAGAGCUGAUACAUUUCCCAAUAUGUGAAGGUACCUCCCAACCUGAGCCUUCGUGUUCUGAUGUCAGAAUAGCAGCAGAUAAGAACUACAGAAGUAAAGCAUCUCAGGAAAGUGCUUUGAAAAAGAUGCAUGAGGAAGAACAUCAUCAGCAGAUGUCAAUUUUGCAACUGCAGUUAAUCCAAAUGAAUGAAGUUCAUGUGGCAAAAAUACAGCAAAUAGAAAGAGAGUGUGAGAUGGCCGAAGAGGAACACAGGAUAAAAAUGGAAGUGCUAAAUAAAAAGAAAAUGUAUUGGGAGAGAAAACUGCAGACCAUCACAAAAGAAUGGCCUGUAUCAUCCUUUAACAGACCCUUUCCUAAUUCACCGUAGAACAUAAGGAGGCAGCGAAUCAGUCUGAUGAAGCACAUUUAUGAGUAACGUGCACUGGAAAGAGGAUUUUUUAAUGUGAAUGUACAGGGACAGGAUAGGUGCCCAGCUGGCAGUGAACACACUUUGACUCUUAACGUUUAGGGAAACAGUGGUAGAGUCCACCAAGGGGAAAAUUGUAUUGUUCGUUUGUAAGUAGUUCUGAUUUAUUUAACUUUCAGACAUGCACAGUGUUCUGAAAUGUGAAUAUAUUUUCCCCUCUCAGAAUACCCCAACAUCCUUUUGAAAUUUAAGGUAGUCCGGGUAUUCUUACAUUGGGUGCUCUUAAGAAAACUUAGCAGCUUUAAACAUCAUGUUAUAGUGUUUAUUUUGAUUUCUGUCUCUUCCUAUCUACCAUUUCCCAAAUGAAGGCAAGGGUUGGAGUUGCUCUCUGUUAAGGAGACAAAAGAUGAUCGACAGGUGUUGUUUGGAUUGUUAGGCUGGGGCUUAGGAAAAAAAAAAUGCCUGUGGUUAAUAUAGUUCAUAACUUAUUCUUCAUAGAAAAUGUGAAAAUGAAGGAAGUAGCAAAAGGACCACUGUAGCAAUUGAUCCCUUUGUUUGUGAAGGACAGUAGUAUUUUCCAGCUGACUGGCUGAUUGAACAAACGGUUGUGGACUGGCCCUCCAGUUGUUUGCGCCUUGACCCUUAAGAAGUUGGAAAGAAGGUGACUUCUUCCUCAAAAGCCAUUGUGCUUGUCCUCUCUUUUCCAGGCCCGUCUUGUAUUCAACUAGAAUACCAAAAUAGGAGGGUCACAUACUGCUGCCGACACUGUGUACUGUUCACCUGGAGUCAUUCUGAGGGGAAGAGCCUUUUAACAAUUCAUAAAGCUCUUAAAAUGUAGUGAGCCAACCAAUCCAUUGGCAAAGUCUCCCUCUGUCUCUCCAUGCUAUACUUGAUGGCGUAGCAGGAAUAUUUAGCCUCUCCCUAGCUACAAGAAAAGACUAAGGCUCACCCUCUUUACCUUCACAUAGGGUGGGAAACAGCUCAAGAAAUCAUUCCUGCCUUGGAGCACUGUUCUGUUUUGUUCUGUGUGUUACAGUGGUAUGUUUCUUGCCUUUGUUGUCAGUGAGGGGUGAUGGGUAUGAUCUGUAAGAAAGCAUUCACCCGAAGGUCCCCACAGAGUUUGGGGGCCUGGAAUAGUAGAUGGUAGGAGAGCACAAAUAAAGAUAAUCCUUCCCCAGGCAAUCAUUCAGUCUAGUGGGGUAAGGGUUAAGAAAACAUGAAAUACAGAACUCCACAAAGAUUCCUAAGAACUUCUGAUGUGUGAAAAGAUGUUUUACAGGAAGGUGUACAACCAUCAUUUGAAGCAGUGAGAAAAAUGAACAAAACCGUACAUUUCCAUUGAAAAACCUGAGCAUCCCAUUAUUCAAUAAAACAUUUUCAGAUCGUGAUUCAUGAGGGCAAGUCCACACAGUGAGUUACGUAUUGAAGUUAGGGUGCGUUACAAAACAUACUGUUCUUCCCAGUUACACUGCCAUCUCUUCUCUAGAUGUUCUUUCUGGUGGAGUUUCUCUUGGGUUUGUUUUGGCGGGGCAGUGGGGUUGUGUUUUGUUUUUUUUUUUUCUUGAAUGGCUUUCCCUGCUGGUGAUUUAUCUUUGCAAGCACUGCCAUUAUCAGCCACGGUACUCACUGUGGUUAACACUGUGGUACGUGCAGUGCUCCGUUCAAUGUGCUAACACCAGCAAACGCAAUGGCAGUGAUUUAUUCCAACUUAUUUUAUAUGACAGAGGAAAAAAAAAUUGCAGAGCUGUUGCAAGAUCAAAAAAAUAGGCCAUGUAUGAAGUCCAAAGACAGAUCUUUUUGACAGCAAAUUCAGUUUUCUUAUAAAUUUGCUGUAUGAAUGAAGCACAGGACUUCCAAAGAAGGAUGUCAUUAUGGACACUUUUUUCUGCUGAAUAGAAAUGCUAUUUGAAGGUAGGACAUUCCUAUAUAAUAACAGUAGAGGCAAAAGAAAGAAGUAAACAGGAAUGAGGACCUUUUUGUUCUGAGGUUGCAUUCUGUGGUCUGGAAGAUGAGUCAGUUAUUUGAGUGGUUAUGACAAUUGUUGAGUCAUCAUCCAGAAAAAAGGACAGGAAAGACAUUUUUCUUAACCAAUGAUGGGAUUCCUUCCACACUGCUUCUAAGUGAAGGUAAUUUGAAACUAUGAAAUUGAAACCGUGUACAUUAAGGUGUCAAAAGGUGAUGGAUGAAGACAAUUUCAGCCCUGUGAAGAGAGCAAGAAUGGAGAGACAAUCCAGGUCUAGAGAGCCCUGUGAGAAGGUAUGAAAUAGUCCAGGGAGAAUCUCAUGUUAUGUGAGAUAAGGGUAGUUUUGACUGCUGAAAGUUGUACCAUUGCUUACGAAAGAUUGUUCUAUUUUUAUAUUAAAAAAUAAUUUAAAAUAUGCAUGUUUUCAGAUUGUACUAAGUGGCCAAUGCCUUGCGUUUUGGUAUAUACGCUUAUUCUGAGACUAAAAGUUACAGUUCUUAGGCUGAACAAUACACCCUUUUAAUUCAGCUUCUAUUUAAAACAAAGAACAUCACAGGAGAAAAAUUAGAAAGAGUGAAGAUGAAGAUCUGAAAGAAAGAAUGCUCAGUACAUGCGCAGAGGAAGAAUGGGAAUGUCACACCUAACACAAAUGAUACAAGAGACUUUUGUGGUACAGGUAAUAGAUGGCUUACUGGUGACACAGGCUUUUGCUUUCCCAUCUGUGGUUGACUGUUGGGUGAUAGACAGAGAAAAAUGUAAAAGAUCAACAAGACGAAGUAAUGUGUCUCCUUCCCAGGCUUUGGCUUCUCCAUCUAAAGGCUUUAUAAAGUGAUUGGUGUGGUGGAGUUUAAACAACUUGAGAAAUGUGGCUUUUACCAUUUUUUUGCCAUUACUGCCUCUGCUGUUAGGAUUUAUCUUUUCUUUUGUUUGACUUUUCUUCUAUUUAUCAUAGGCAUCUCAGACAGUGUGUCCAUUUGUUCUUCUCCCUUUCUUCUAGCUUACAUCAUUCAGAUACUUUCACGUAAUUGUGUUUUCCUAUUAACCAUUUGGCCAAGCUAUAUAGGUUAUUUUCACAAGUGUUGGGUUGGAGUUUUCUUCAUAGAUAAAAUACAGCAGUGUUUUAAGAAGAACAACAUGCCUGUUCUUCUUCUCUGGGUUUGUUAUACAAGUUCUUGGCAGGGAUAAAAUUAAAAGAUAUACUGUGUAAAAUGAUCCCUGCUUAACUCCAUGAGAAAAAAUAUAUACCAGACAUGUCGUGGCCGUUGUUCUCAGCCUCUGUGUUCUUAUGAGGAGAAACGAUGACCUUCCAGCCAAGAUAUGUUGAAUUCCUUUAUGCUCCCGAAAAUUACACUGGCCUGGUUCCAAGUGCUGUCUCUUCUUGGAGAUCAUCUAGCGUGUUAGCUGAUAUAAUGUUUUUUAUUUGUUGAUUUUUUCUCCUGUAUUUCUUCAUUAUGUCUGUGUUCCCCCUUAUUUUUUUAACCAGCAAUAUGAGCAGAGGAUUUCAUCCAGAGCUCUGUGUGUGCUCUGUCCUUUCUCUUGCCCAGAUUGCUGAUUAUCACAACAUCGGACCAUGAAAUGGGUGCUUCUCACAGUCAUCAUCUUCCCCUUUCAAAGAAAGCAUGUUUAGUAAGCCUUUUCUACACAGCUGCACAAGCAUUCUGGACUCUGCGCUCAGACUGGGAAACAUAUUAGGGGAUUUUGAAGAGAGGUUAGUAUAGAGAGAAGAACGCUUUCUCCAUUCCAGCUCCAUGAAAUUCUGGGAGGACUGUCUGUGACUACAAAGUCAUUCGUCAGGAUCAGAGCUAAUGCAGGAUGCUGAAGCUGUGUAGUUCUAAUUCUUCAUACAUCUUUGGGGUUCUGCAGAGAUUACGUUUGGGGCUUCCUGAUAACAAAGUUCCUUCUUUCUAGGUAAUGGAAGAGUCUCAGUGGAAGAUUUUCACAGAUACUUCCUCAAACCUAGUCUCUUACCUCGACAAAGAAAUAACCCAUCCUGCAAUCUAUUAUACUAUUUCUCUCAACGCCCAGGCUGCUCUUGUUGCAGGAGCAAGGGGUCUUGCUGCUUGCCGCAAAUCCUCUCUGCGAUGCUCUUUCCUACUGUGCAGAUGUGUUUAGCCAGGGCUGAAAGACACAGCCCUCCCGGCCAGUCCUUACCGGGGCAGGGGCAGCUGCUAUGCCUGAGCUCAGCGCUCAGACCACACGGCUGAAAUAGUCCCUUUGCAGCCCUGUGACCCCAGAAAGAAAGGGUGGCUCGGGGUUACCCUUUUCUGAAUUAUACCUCAUCUACUGUAGCUGAGGAUGUUGUUUAAUGGUCAUUUAUCUUUGCGUGUUUUCCAUACCAAAUCUUAGCAGUGUCCCCAGGAUUUGUAUGAUUACAUAGGUGUUUUUCAGUGACCUUUUGCAGAUUUUUUUCUAUUUGCUGGUUGUAGUUACAGUGGCUUUUAUUAUCUGUCCUCCUUCUUCCUCACUUGCAUUAUAAUGCUUCCAGUUCCAUUCUGAAUCUCUGUGGUUACAGGCUGUACAACCCCGCAUCCAUGCAGUGUCGUAUUUUCAGGUAUUAUACUCACAAUGUCAUUGAAAUGAUAAACUUCUACACAUUUAUAUAUUGUUACUUUGGGGGCAGGAGAAUUACAUGUAAAUCUUAAAAUAACAUUUUAAUUUCCAGGCAAGUAAAGUCCCUUACAAGUAGUCCUGUGAUUUCAUGUUUUGAGCUAGCUCGUUCAAAGCUAUUUUUGUGACUGAUGCAUCUUAGUUGUUUUCCUAAGAUAAUUGCCUGUCUCUUUGCAUUAUUUUUCUGUUUCUUCUUAAAGCAGCUGAGUGGAAAACUCACACAUCAUCACUUUUCCUGAACUUUGUCUCUAGUUAGAUAUUCAGAAAUAUUUCCAUGCAAAGUAAGGACUAAUGUGUACUAAAACUAAUACAUUUAGGCUAAUAAAAUAAACCAAGUAACAAGAUGAUAGGAUAAUAUGCAGCAUCUGUUAAUAUAAUUUAAAAAACAUUACAGAGGACAGCUCUGUACAUUUCAUACAAAGAAAGAAGACAAUUUGUUGCCAUCUAUGAGAAUAGGAUAAUAAUAUAUUUUUACAAUAAAAACAAGCGGUGGUCUUUAUUUCCAGUAUCACAGAUUAACUUCUGUGCUGUUAAUUUACAAGGGACUUUGCUUCUUAGAGAAUUUUUAAAUUUUUAGGGUUUUUUUUUGUCAUGGUAUUACAUGAAACAGCUUGAUUCCCUUAUCUGUAAAGAAGGUGUACAUGGAAACAUGGUCAGAUUUCUGGGCCUAAAACAAGAGCAAUAAAAUAGAAAAGUACUAGCUGUGGCUCUGAAUAUUUUGCUAUUCUGGUGGUGAAGGUUUCAGGCAUCCUACAACAUCAUCAGUCAUGUUAAUAACACUGGAUAAAUUAAAAACUUGCAAAGGGAAAAAAAAAAAGGAUGGUAUGUCUUUCAGAGUGAGUCAGAAGUGAAGACAGUUCUUAGCUGUCCUAAGAGGUAACACUGUCAUGUGUGUUGAACAGUUCCCCUGUAUGGUCUUCACCUUCCCUGAUUACUCUUUCCCCCGAGACUCUGGACACCUCCAUCAUACCAUUCCCAGCUCCAAGUGCCUGACAAUAAGAAAAGUAACCGCGUCAAGUAGGAAUCCGGCCAGAGUUAUUAGACCUCACUCUCUACUAAACUGAAGUUGGACAAUUUUCUAAGACUGCAUUAUCCAGACACGCAUGCUAUGCACUGUGGAAAGGCACGUGAAAUUUGUCCAGCAUGUAGUCUGCCAAAUGGCACAGUCUAUAUAGCAAGGAAAAGGAAAAGGUUCUCCACCGCACGGCUGUGGGUUAUAAAACUGUUAUAUUUGUCAGGGUAUGUGGAUACAUCUCACUAUAUGGUCAACCUCUUUACAGUAACAAUCAAGAAGUAUUUUUGCCAAAUCUUCUAAUUCAUCCUAGUGUAGAUUUACCAAUCUGUCAAAACAGCCACAGGAAAAAAAAAAAAUAAUAAGCAGUCAAAAUAGCUAGAAACAAUCUGUUACCUUCCUGAUGAAGAGCUGGCUAGAUAAAAAGCUACACUACAUAUAUAUAUAUUUAGGAAAAGAACUCUCUAAUGUAACAGAAAAAAAGCAAGAUAGGUUUUUAGAUAGUCCUUAUUUAAUUUAUGUGGGUUUUUUAAAAAAAUGUUGUUUAAGAUUGUUUGUUUUCCUUUUGUUACUCAGUCCAGCUGCAGAAUAGUUGUGUGCUUCAGUUUCUGACCAAAUGUUAGAGCACCUAAUUAAUCAAAUUUGUUUGGCAAGAGAGUAGAAUUAGGUUUGCAUUCAGCACAACUUGAGAUUGAUUGUAUUCCACUAGUCUUCAGAUAUUUCUUUUCGAGAUAUAAGAGGCUGUUCUUGGACAGCCCUGAAUCUGAAACUGGCAUUAUACACCAAUUUAGUAGUAAUUUAUUAUUUAUAUGGCACUAACGAGGUGACAUACAAGCUGCUCAAGCUCUGUCCAUUAUUUGGUCACGUACAAACCCCUUUCCUUUUGUCAGAAUUAUGCCCUGACAUUAUGGACUAAGCUGCAAAUGAUCCAGCUGAAUCGCCCAUAUAAAUUCCUACCACGCAUUCUGUAUCACAGUAUAAUGCAGGGGGAAAAAACCUCCUGCUUCUGUUUAAUUGUGGAGUUUGGAAAUUUUGCCCUGCUACUCUCACCGAAGCUUUGCUAAAAAUUUUGUUCUAGUAGACACCUGCGCGUUCCCACAGAACCGUCCUUCACCCCAAUGACCCUCGUGGCUUUGUAACUUUUGAAUACCAAGCCUAUGGACUGUAUGAAAUCUGAAUUGACAAACACAUGAUAAAUUCCAUUUAUCUGAAGAAGAUCUUGUAAAUGCUCUCACAUACUGAGACUCUGGAAAGUACAAAUUAGGGAGGUGAUGUGAUGGAUUAGGUAUUUAAACCAGAGCAGAAAUUCUGGCAGGCUGGGAGUUAUCAGUGCUGACCUAAUAGAGAGGUUCAACCUCUGCUUAAGGAACAAUAAUGUCCAAUCCAAAUAUCGUCUUACCUCCAACUUUCUGUCUGAAAUGACGUGUAAUGAGAAGUCCUUGCCAAAUAAAGCAACAUUAGUUUCCAAAAUGCACUUGUUUUGCUUUCAAUUACUGGCUUGCAUGAGGGCUCUGGGGCUAGACUGGGCUUUAUGUUGCACCCUGUUGGUGGCUGAUAGCAUUUGAUGAAGACCUCCCAUACUGAUUUUGUCCUGUUCCUCUUGAAUGCAAUACUCCUACUGGGAUGCCCUUAGCCAUGCGGUGGUGCCAGUUGGACAAUGGCGAGUAGCUCACGUUCUCAAGUUGUCUGGCACUGACUCCCUGCAUCUUUUCUGAUUACCAAAUCAGUGGUCGUGGAUGAAUUUGAAUAAAAAAAUAGCAGCUCUGGCCAGCAGGAACAAUCAUCAUUGCUAAUGGUGUCACUGAGGUGCCUUGUCACACUGAUAAGGUGGCAAGGUCUCCACUCUCAUUCUGGUACAAAUGCCACAGCUACCAACGCCGCUUCUGUAAAUCCAGCAUGAGUGUGCUGUCAGGGAGCCAGGCUGGAAAAAUAGGGCAUGGGAAAAGACUGGCUUAAAUUUAAACCCUUCUCUUACACGCAGCAUGGAUGUCAGUGGCUCAAGCCCCACAGCACAGCAAACUCAAGCCUACAUCCCAUCACAACUUAAAACACAAGGGGCAUAGUUAACACAAGGGGCAGUAACAGUUACAGGGACAUAGUAACAGCAGUGGGUUACUUUGGUGAUCUGUAAAAAUGGCUUUGGGUGGUAGGCUGUGAUUUUUUUUUAAAUUGUUAUAUAUCAAAAUCUUCCAAAUCAUGGGACAGACUAAAAUUAUGUCCUAACAGUGUUCAACUACCAAGAGCAAUAAAUUAACACAGCUUCAGUCUGACAGAUUCAGUCUUCUGUUAGGAUUUGGUUGACUGGUAUGGUUAAUAUAUCACACAGGCAUGCCCUCACCUUUCUUCCUUGUAAAAUCUUUGCUACUUCCAUCAAAUCAGUGCACAUUCUUAAUUAAAAAAAAAUAAACCCAAAUAUGUUAAUCCACCCCCAGUUAGAUAUAUACAUAAAUUCAACCAAAUGUACCACAUAUCAAUUUUUUUCCUAAUAUUUAGUAUUUUCAGCUAUAUGUGGGCAUUUGUGUUUAUUUAUACUUUCCACCUUUUUUUGUUCUGAAGAGUCUAAGGUUAAAUAAUGAGAGAUCUGAUCUUCAGCUUCUCAAGAUGCAGAUGUCCUGACAUUUUAGAUCUGUACCAGAGAGUUCUGGUAAGCUGUAAAUGCAAAUAUAGAGAUAUUCCAGUCUAUUCUACUUCCCAGAGAACUGGAAGGCAUAGCCCUAAUAAUACCUUUCUUUUUGUAGUUGUGUUUCUGAACUCCAGUCACAGGGUGUACAAGCUGUUUUGCCACCAACUAACAUGGACAGGAUUUUCAGUAGAGCAUGUUGGUUAUACUUUCAGAUCCUGCUGGUUUCCAGGGAGCACUGGAACCCUGCUUCACCUGGCCAUCUUCUGGAAUUUCUAAACUAUGCGACUACGAGGGGAAAAAAAUAUAGGUUUUGCUUACCAAAAGCUUUCUUUAACAUUUUUAAUUCCUGUGAUUUCUGGGUGACUCAUAUUGCUAAGUGAGUAAGAACCUCUCUUUUCCAAAAAUUCAUGCAGAUUAACAGAAAUAUUUUUACAGUACCCAAGAAGCGAAAACUCUUUAAGAGAUAAUUUGUUUCCAAAUGUGUUAUUGCCAUCUCUGCCAGUACUACCAUCUUGUGAUCGUACAUCAUGUUGGCCAUGUCUUGACAAGUCUCAUUGGCCACGUUUUUAGAAAGCUUAUCUUUCCAAGGGGAAAAAAUAACUUUCACUUUAAUUUGGCAAUGACUCAGGAUAUUACUCAAGAUUGUUGUGAGAGGUUCUCUCUCCACCAUCACUUUUUCUUAUCCUGCAGAAGCUUCCCCUAUUUUGCAUGUAUAUUCCACCGGCAGUGGAACUGCACCUCAAUUCCUCUGGUCAAAGAGACUGCAAGGAUCCUCUGAAAACCUCGAAAAGUGGUAAUCUUUCCACAUGUGCUCAGGGGGCUCAGGAUCACUGCAGUCUAAAUGCAGAGGCGCUGAAAAUCCGACCUCUAAUAUAUUGCCAGCACAAGAGCUUGAUAAUCUCAAGGUGAAACUUGAAUCUAGGCACUCCUCUUUGUCAUUUUUGUAUAAGUGGUCAAAUUAAUAGGAAACCACUCUUUCUUUACACCGUGUUGUAUUUAUUAUGUGACAUUAGAUUCUGUUGUAUUUUAGCAAUAUAUAAAAUUACAUUGUGCCGUGUUUGUGCUUAUAGUCAGUGAGCAUCUAAAAUGGAACUAGCACUUAAGUACUGGGCUAUUUGUCAUAAAAUACUUGAAAAUGUAUACAGUCCUUCCGAUACUAAAUAUUAUAAUGGAGUAUUAGAUGGUAUCUCCUGUGGUCUUUGCCUUUAAUUAGCAACAGUUUCUGGGUUUUGCUUUUUAAAUUGCACUAAAACCAAUACAUUAUUUAAGAUCCCCUUUUUAGCCAAAUGAUGGCCAUUAGACUAACCUGAUUUUCCUAGCUUGGUGUCAGCCUCCGUCAUCUUACCUGCUGUAAAUUGUUGUUUUAGUAUUUUAGUGCCUCAAACACCACCAAAGCUGGUUCUGCCCUCCACGGAAGUAGCUUCUGGAAUUGCACCUUUAAACAAUUUUUUUUUUUACUGUUGUUUUUAAUUGAUAAAUAAUGCCCACAUUGUAGUUUGAAUCUCUAAGGACCUCACAAUAUGUCCGAGUCCUUAGAAAUGUGAGGAAUGGGGUUUUCAUCAUCUUUACUGUGUAGCUAAUUUUCAUAUCAAAUUCUUUGUUUUUCUUACAGAAACAGUGAGUAAAAGGAGACAAAGUAGGGCCCUAAAAUGUAUACUUUCUAAAGGUUGGGUAUGUUCGAAAUGCAACAAAAGGUACCAUUGGAGGAAGAGAUUCAAUAAUUAUCUAAGUGAGGGGAAUCUACUGUAUGUCUGAAACUCACACUGUAUGUAAUAGGGAUGACUAACUGUACAUUUUAGUGCCUUGUUUCUUGUAAAAUGUUUAAUCAUAAAUUACUAAACAUAAAUAAUUAAGAAUUUCUGAGAAAAUGUAUCUAAAUAUUGUUA